CAAAUAUCUGAUCAUGACCAUCAACGAAUCUACUACUUCCCAGCAGGCACUCUUGGCAUCAACACAAGUACUCGAACACCUGGCUCUUUCUCAUGAAUGGAAUUCAGAUGAUGAAUCUGCUUUACUCAAUGCCCUCACUAUUUGGAAAGUUGCUCUAGAAUCGUUUUCUCAAGAGAAUGGUCAAGUUUUGGCUCCAGAAACAGUUGUAGCAAUUUUAUGCAAGUCAUCCUCAACGUCCAUCAUUGAACUAUGUUGUGCUGUUUUAAACAAAAUCUUGAGCAAGCUUUCUUUUGCAGAUAUAUUGUCUUUCAAAGAUUUAUUGCGCAUUGGGUUUCAAAGCAAGUUAUCCGUGGUCAACAAUUUAGUUUUUAAUAUCAUUCAACGUGCAGUGUAUUCCGAGUCAGAUUUGCGUCUUUUGGUUGAAUCAAAUAUUUUUACUCUGGUCAUUCAAUGCAUUGCAUUUGAAAAUAGCCAAGUCGCUGAAAUGGCAUCUUCUUUUUUAAAGCAGCUUGGUCGUCACCCGUUUGCACUGGAAGCACUCUUGUCUCCUGAUAAUAUAAGUACUAUGGACAGACUUUCCAGUGAAAGCAUCACGGUGAAACUUCGUAUAUACGAUCUGUUGGUCAAUAUCAGCAUGUCUUCACAGUCCGCGUUUGAUUAUUGUGCCCAACAAGGCGCCUUGUCUUCCCUCACUGGAGUUAUUUUUCAAAAUGAUUUGCUCGAGUCCAUAAAUGUAAUUGAGAUUCUAACUAGUUUUACCGAAACACCAAAUGGAUACUUUUUUUUGGAAAAAGCAGGUGUGAUUUCACAGCUGUUUGAUGCUUUGCAAAUUUCACCCAACGUGGAUGAUAUCGUUAGCCGACUGACCACAUGUGCUACAAUCAAGUUUUGGGGUAUGCUGAUUUUUAACCAACAUCAAUAUGCAGAGGCUAUUCAAACGCGAUUUGAUAUAUUGGGUGCGUUGCAGCCUUUUCUUGAAGAGUCGGACAGCGAUAUCAAGGAUGCCAUAUUUGUGGCUGUAGCAAACUUUGGAUCUAGGGAAGAGGGCCUGACUAUUCUUUAUCAGCAAAGUAUUUUUCUUGAUACAAUAAUUGCCAUGUGCAGAUCGAGUACCGGAGAUGCCAAACUAUCACUGCUUCGUACUUAUUCAUGCCUUCUUGGUGUUGGCUCAAUUGACAAUGACCAGACUGAACGCAUGACAUUGCACAUUUUUGAAAAGCUUGAAACGCAUGGUCUAAGUAUCAAACAACUCAUGCAACUCACCAAGGGGACAAUUGAAGAGCUAUCUGUUGCAGCAUACGCUGUUCUCAAUGGUGUUCUCAGUCAUACGUGGGGGAUUGAAAAAUUGGCACAUUCAUCCGAGUUUUCCGAGUAUGUAGUUUCACGACAUCUAGGCGCAAUAAAAUCGGCACAGGAAUGGCACAUGUCCCUUGUUCGUACUAUUUUGGAUCAUCCUGCCAGAGUCACUAAACUGGGUGGACUCAUUCAGGAGAAACUGGAAGCAUACAAGCGCCAAGGAGUUUAUUAUACUGAAUCUCAGCCUAUUAUUGCAAUGCACUCGGCGUGAUUGAGCUCAAGUGUUUGUAACCAAACCAUGGAUACUGUUCAAAUAAAUAAAAUAGGACAUGUUGAGCCAAAAUUGAGAAUCAAA